AUGGACUUUGUUCGGCUGCAUUCAAGACAGAUUGCCCUUCCUGUUCGCUUUUUAACUGUUACGAAAGAAAAAUACCAUGGAAAUGAAAGGAAAUUCUACCAACAUUUAUCUUUUUAACUGCGAUAAUACUUGCAGUUUGGAUCCAAUAGAAUCCUUGUUACUAGCCGUGCAAAACGACGUGAAGAUGCGGUUUGCUGUAGACAAGCGCAUUUUUCGGUUGCGCGAAAUGUCAGAGAUGAGCGAGACAAUUAUUCCUGAACUGCAGAUGGAUUAUGCUAUUUUUGCUGUUCAUGCCCAAGAAUCGCGUCUCUCAAUCAACGAAGACAAUGCUGGAAUUGGUUUCGCAAGGAUCUACAGAGCUUUACUGAAAGCAACUGGAAAUAAAGUAUUGAUCAUCAUUGGUGGGGAUGAUGAAUACAGAGAUGAAAACGAAGAAGAACAGGUUGUAAUAUCACGCUGGGCACGAAGGAAAGUGGAGUCACAGUUUGAUAAGGAGUAUCUCGAUGGAAGAAAAAGCUUCAUUUUUUCUUGGAACAAAAGUCACAGAGAAAUCCACGAGGAAGCAUUAAAGCACUACCUCGACCCAAGUAGGAAAGGAAAAAAGUUCCAGUAUGUGCCAAAACAAAAGCCAACAACCUUUCCUCCACCAGUCAAUGAUUCUCCAGACAAGAACGGUAUUUCUGGUGAUGAUGUACCUCCUCAAGGAGGAAGAACCCAAAGAAGGCCCACAGGCCAAGAAAGAGAAAAAUCCUUAGGGCCAAGGCCAGAUCCUACUGAUUCCCGACCGGAAUUUCGCGAAGGUACCGAACUGCUGGACACACUCGUACGUUUUGGGAGAAUCUCGUAUGAGAAAGAGGACGUGAGGAUCUGGGACCGCAUAUGGAAGCCGUCUGGAACAACUGUUCACCGCCUGUCGAAAGAUUGGAUGUUUACACCUCUUGCAAAUGUUAGAUUUGUCGCUUCAGCUAACGGUGGGGUCUCUUACAGUGUGCGACCUCAGAGUAUUUGUAGUUGGGCGAGCAUACUGUGUUGUUUAAAGUUAGUCUGGGAUUUCCUUGCUUGGAUUUGGUCUUGGAUACUGUGGAUUUUAGUAGCAGUAUGUGAAUGGCUUGGAAAAAAAUGACGUAUGAAAAUCGCUGUCCAUAAAAAUUAUAAACAUUUGGGCCUAGUUAAACCUGAUUAAACCUAAUUAAACCUGAUUUCAAAUUUUAUUGCAACUCAUCAAGUCAAGUUCAAACUACAGUCGAACUUCCUCUUUAAGACAUCUAUUCAUUGUGGACAGCUUCAUAUAUUCCGAUCGUAUUCUAGCAUGCUUUCUUCUAAAACAAACCUCUGUAAUAUGCAAUCUCUUUAAUACGGUAAAAGGGGACAUUAAAUCUCAGCUCAGAGUUGCCGUAAUUAUGUAAAACAACCUCCUGUUUUCAGUUAUAUGCUAAAUACUAACGAUUGAUUUACCAGAGAUGAGCCUUACAAAAGUUAACACUGUUGCAAUUAGUAACCAAUUAAGAUAAAAAAUUCUAAAGGAAAACAAAAUUCGAAAAGAAACGAAAACUAUUCAUACACUUGGCAGGAAAUAGGUACUGCUUAUUAACGAUAAAAUAAAUGCAUUUGUAGGCCUGUUUCUAGAUACAGGACAUUUUGAAAUUCGAAGUAACGUCAUCAUAAUGACCCAAACGAAACGGACACCCUUCCA